GAGUUUUACAGUAAAGAUCAGGAGAGAACCGGCAGGCUGGGGUGUCGGGCAGUGUUGUGUCACUGGAGCACUUUUUCCAUUCUCUCAUGCUCUACAAUGAGAACCUGCCACAGAUGUACCCAGUGCCGACAGCAUGCACUACCGCCACCCACCCACUAGAGGCAUCACUCAGAGAGAGCUGGAAGGCCUCACUACAUUCCUUCAGCUGCUUACCACUAUCAUCACCUGGGUAGAGCUGAGCUGUGAGGAGUAUCCUCUCACAAGGGCUUUUUGUCAUCUGAUCAGUACUCAGGUGGAGAGCGCACUUCCAGUGAAUCUUGGAGCAGGACUGCGUGCACCAGGCUUUCAGCCUUAUCUUGACUGAGGCAGUGCUGGAGGUGUUCCACACACUUCUGAGGGAAUAUGAGCCACAGCCAGCGGACUUCUUGCAAGAAAUGGUGGAACUUCAGAGAGAGCAAAUUCCAGCAAAUAAGCCCCCGGGGCACAGCCUGAUGUUUCACCUGCUGAAUGACUCUCUCUCUGCCUCAGCCUGCUGGAGGAGGGCGCUCACCAUCUAGAUACCUACACC